AGGGGAGGGGAGGGGAGGGGGCGGGGCGGACAGUUGGCGGGACGCGGUGGAGAGGGCAGGAGGGGGCUGGCGGCAGCAGCUAUGGCCUCGCUCGUGAAGAAAAUAAUCAGCACUGCUAAGGCUCCUGCUGCAUUGGGUCCCUACAGUCAAGCAGUGCUGGUAGACCGAACGAUGUACAUUGCAGGACAGAUAGGUAUAGAACCUUCCACCGGGCAACUUGUCUCUGGAGGGGCAAAGGAAGAAGCUAAGCAGGCUCUAAAAAACAUGGGAGAAAUCCUGAAAGCUGCAGGCUGUGACUAUGGCAAUGUUGUGAAGACUACGGUUUUGAUGGCAGACAUGAAGGACUUCAAUGAUAUUAAUGAUAUUUACAAACAAUUUUUCAAGACAAACUUCCCAGCCAGAGCAGCCUAUCAGGUUGCUGCUUUGCCCAAAGGUGCCAGAGUUGAGAUUGAAGCUAUCGCUAUUCAGGGACCCCUCCAAGAUGCUUCAGCCUGACUAUAAAUAGAGACUGAAUAUCCUAUGACAGCAGUUUUAGAUUUAAUACUUUUCCCUUACAUCCUAUUCCUACAAUUGACUAUCAGCAUUUACAUACAGUUGAAAUCUAAACUUACUGAGGAUGGGUGCUUUCUUCUGGAUUUUGGCCUUGGAUCCUCUAAAAUAGGAACUUACAGUGAGUUCUCUGCUGGCAAAUCCUGAAACCUCUGGGAGUCCUGCUAAAAUCAGCUGAGCUUGAUUGCAGGACAGGGCCCUUACUUUGCGACGCUGACUGGAUAUUCAGGUAUUAAAGUACGUGUUUGGGUGGAUGUAUGACAGUUAUACUAUGGGUGAUCUGGAUAUGGAAAACUGUAAUGAUUUGUAAUAGUAGGUCUUUAGUAACAAUUUUAAAUAAGAACAAAUUACAGAAAUGGGAAAACAGAACACUUGUUUAGUGUAUGUCUUCACUUUUGUGUUUGGGGGAAUUUUGCUGUCUUUGUUUCUGAACUGUCUUAAGCUCUUUCUUUACAGAAUAGAUUACUGUUGGGACUCACAUUUUUUUCAUAUGGAAGCAAUUGCUUAAGAAAGUUAAUAUUAAUUUCAGAAAGAAGAAAAUUAUACUUUUCUGAAGUAAAGUGCUAACUUUAUAAAUCAGCUGUAAAUUAAUCUCUGCCUGUAACCUUUUUCAUAAUCUUUUUCAUAGCAGUUUAACUUUGACUAUCUUUUGAUUUAAAACAAAACAAAAAAAAACCACCAAAAAAAAAAAAAGUCCUGUUUAAUGAGAAUAAAUGAUAAUUGCAUCUGUAAAA